AUCUCGCUCGCUGUCUGUCUCUCUUCCCCUGCUCCCAAUUUCUCUCCCGCUCCCUGUCUGUUUUUCCUCUGUUCGGUUUCUCCCCAUUUCUUCUGCCCAAUUCUUCCUUACCAACUCCAUCGCCAUCUCUGCGAUCACCAACUCGCCCCCUCUCUUCCCUUCUGUUCUCCACUCCUGCUCCGCUCGCUCUCUCAAUUCCCCUCCGUUCUCAUCUCCUGCUCUUCUCGCUUCCACUUUUCCGUUUGCCCAUGUUUCAGUGUUGGGAACCCAAUCCACCCACAAUCAGCUUCACCGCCUCGACCGUCUGACGAUUCACCGUCGGUCUCAAGCUGUGCAGCCUCACCAUUCUCCUCUCCACCGCAGCUUAGUAUGUACCGCCUUCACCAACGCCACCAUCAUCCGGCCGUCUAAGGAGCAGACCACCAUGUGCUUCUCUUGUCCACCAAACAUUGAAUUUUUUACCUUGAAAAAAAAUUUCAGACCAUCAAACAUGGCCAGGAUUAGGAAAAAGUAAAUUUUUCCUGACCGUACACUUACCUUGCAUUUCUUUCCUUGAAAAAAUCUUCCCUCAAAAAAAAUCUGUGCCAUCAAACGGGGCCUGAGUGAUUGUGAGUCGUUCUCUUCUUCUCUUAACGGCAUGUCCUUUGUUUACGUUGGCUCACGGUUUUCUUUCUGUCAUUUCGUGUGUUUUUUUAUGUGGUUUGGCAUUCAUUUUCAGCUCUCCUAUUGUUCUUAACCGUGAUUGCUUGAUUGUUUUUGAAUGUGAAAUGUGAUUGUGGAUUGUCUUUCAGGUUUUUUUUUUUCCAAUAAUUGAAGAUCAGAUGAGUCAGUUAUUCCUGAUUCCUGAUUUGUAUAUUUCAGUCUGUCUUUUAGGGUUUUGGUGUCUUACAGUAGUAUAUUGAUUUUUGAGGGUAUUGGUGAGUCUUUAGGGGAUGCAGCUAUCUUUUAUUUUAUCGAUCACGUUUUUGCUGGUUUUCAUCAUUAUAUAUUUCAAUCUUGUUCUCUUGAUCAUUCAUGAUUUUUUGGUAGUAUGUUCAUUUUUGUUUUAAGGUUUUACCAUUGCCAUCUUUAAAUACAUGCAUCAUAUUUGGCCACUUAGGUUAAGACAGUACCUCCAAAAAAAUUUCUCUCUUGGAAUGAUGAAAAAAGGCAAAAUUUUUCUGAGGUACUUUCUCAUGUAAUGCAUGUAUUUAUAGAUAGGAUUGUUAAAAACUCAAAAGAGAAAAAGAAUAUGGAGAUCUGUAAAAAGUAUUUGCCUUUUCAAGAGAGAAAUUCUUGUUUAUAAAAUGUUACAUCAUAUGCUUUUACAAUUUGUAAGCACAUGUAUCUCAUUUAAAAGUAUACAAGGAAAAAUUGAAAGUUAGACCUUUUUGCAUGAUAUUUUCAUAAGAAAGGUAACUGAGGCCAACUGUAAAAUUUUGCACAACUGUAGUUGUUUAAUUUGUUUUUUAGACAAUGCUUAAUUUUGUUUAUAAGCUUUUUAUUUUAUUUUGCUAUAUAUGUUACUCCCAUCCUUAAAUUUGUAGCUCCGACAUUGUUGAGGAGCAUCAUUUGGAUGCCACAUCACUCUGGUUCAGGGCCCUGAACAACUUGUCCUGUCAUCAAGUGGUCAAACUCAAGCUUUGAGACUUCUUGUUGUGCUUUUGAAUCCAUUUGUUCAAUUUCUUUGAGUGAAACUGUGUGUGACGAUUGAUGGUUUGCAUAAAACAAAAAGAAACUUGAAGAUGACUUUUCUCCAAUAUGCCAAAUGAGAUUAACUACCUGGGCCCUUCCACAAGAUCAUUGCCUCACAGGUAAUCUGCUGUUGUUGAGUACGAACAACGUUGCACCUUCUUCUUUGAGGAUCAGCUGGUCCCUUUUUCUUCUUAUCAUUCUCCAGCUUCUAUGAGCACUUUUGAAUAAACGACCUUUGGUUCUGCGGUACAGACAUGCUUGAGUCUCCAGGUGGUAUUGAUAAGAUGGGUUAAGCAUAUCCACAUAUUUACAAAAAGGGCACUUUGUUUUACUCAAACACAUGAUAAUAUUUAAAAAAAUACAUCUCCACCUCCUUCAUUUGAACAGCUAUUGAUCAGAAAAGAAAAUUAACUUUUAUGUUUCCCGACUAUAUACUGGCUAGAAGAUGAGUGGCCAAAGGUUGCCUAACAUGGUGACCUCAGAUCCACCAUUUUUCAGCUGAUGAAUGGCCAGAAAUUGGUUAUUGUUAAAUUUUUACUUUUUGAGUAUUUAUUUGUUUAUUAACCUAAAAGAAGUCAAAACCAGGUUUUCGGCAAACCUAAUUCAUGAAAAAAAAAUAUGGUUUUCUUGGAAGCAGGUUUUGUCCUCUGUCGUCCACAUGGGGCCUAAAUGUUGGAAAUUGGGAUCUGUUCGUUGGUAAGAAAAUUGGUUUUAUGACAGUCUUACUUUACUAGAGAUUUUUCGUAGUAUUCAUUUUUCUUCCUGGUUUAAUAUUUAACUGCUUUGGACAACUUCAAAAUUUCAAAGCAAGGACCGUUAAAUAGAAUGACAAAUUGAACUGUUCAAUGUUCACAAGAAAGCAGUUUUGCCUGUAAUUUAAGAAUGAUGGAACACUUAUGAAAAAUAAUAAUAAUAAAUUUGAAAAUUAAAUAUAAAAAGGUAUAUAAUAGUUGAUUAACCUGAAAAGACUGAAAAGUACUUAAUUCACAAUGCAGACACUGAUAAAUACAACUACACUAAAAAAAAGAAUACCUUUUAUUAUUAUUCCUUAUCUUUCUCACAGCCAGCGCCCAGCAGCUUGACUAGUUUGAAAACCAUGAUCUGUUUGGUCUCUUGUCGGAUGACUUUCAUUUUGCGACUCUGAUUCAUUCCUGUAAAGAAUGUUUUCAACUUUGUCUCCCUCCCUCUCUUGUUUGUCCUUUUUUUGCCAUCUUACUGGGACCUUGUGAACUGCAAUCAUAGAGAUUUAUCAAAGAAGGUGCCAAGGUUACCAAUUAUUGUAGUUCAAGGGGCAAGUUGAUUGAAAAUGAUGAUGUCACAUUUGCCAAAGCGAUAUGUUAUUGUGCUGCUAAUGUUCGUUUGUACAUGCAUUUGUUAUGUCGAGCGAGUGGGCUUCUCCAUUGCUUACACAAAAGCUGCUGAUGCUGCUGAUGUUAAUCAGAGCACGAAAGGAUUAAUCUUAUCAACAUUCUUCUAUGGGUAUGCGGUCUCACAAGUGCCAGGAGGAUGGGUUGCACAGUGUAUUGGUGGAAGACGUGUUUUGUUUCUUUCUUUUGUGUUUUGGUCCCUCAUAACUGCAUUAGUUCCUUUGGACCCUCUUCAAGUGAAGACUUUGGUUGUUGCUCGCUUGUUUGUUGGUGUUGCUCAGGGUUUUAUCUUUCCUUCCAUCCAUACUGUUCUGGCACAAUGGGUUCCUCCUCAUGAACGAUCGCGUUCUGUGUCUCUUACAACUUCCGGCAUGUAUCUUGGUGCAGCAGCUGGUAUGCUUUUUUUACCCAGCUUGGUGAAGUUCAAAGGUCCAGAAUCUGUCUUUUUAGCUGAAGCAACACUUGGAGCUCUAUGGGCUCUAAUUUGGUUUAAGCUGUCAAGUGAGCCACCUCGCAGAGAUAGUCUGAAAGCUGCAGGACCUGGGUUUGGUGAUUCUCUUUUACCUGUCUCAGAAAUCAAAGAAAACAAAGGUAGACUCCAGAAGAUGAAACUGGAAAAUGGUGUUGGUUCUGUUCAUGUGCCUAAGAUUCCAUGGAAAGGGAUCAUUCUCAGUCUACCUGUUUGGGCUAUAGUUAUCAAUAAUUUUACGUUCCACUAUGCCCUGUAUGUAUUGAUGAAUUGGUUGCCAACAUAUUUUGAGCAAGGCCUGCAGCUGAGUCUCCAAGAAAUGGGUUCUUCAAAAAUGCUACCAUACUUGAACAUGUUCAUAUUCUCCAAUAUAGGCGGAGUAGUAGCUGAUUACUGUAUUACAAAGAAGAUAUUAUCAGUGACGAAGACAAGGAAAUUUUUGAACACCUUUGGCUUCAUCAUUGCUGCUGCUUCUUUGAUGGUGCUUCCUUCAUUAAGAACUUCUACUGGUGCAGUGGUUUGUUCCUCUGUUUCUCUUGGGUUCCUAGCCUUGGGGAGAGCUGGUUUUGCUGUUAAUCACUUGGAUGUGGCACCAAGAUAUGCAGGGAUAGUCAUGGGGUUUUCUAACACAGCUGGAACAUUGGCUGGUGUCAUAGGUGUAGGUCUUACAGGUCGGAUCCUUGAGGCUGCUAAAAUUGAACAUUUAGGUCUUUCCACUCCAGAAAGUUGGAGAACUGUAUUCUUUGUUCCAGCGUAUCUUUGCAUAUUUAGCGCCCUCAUUUUUCUGUUAUUCUCAACGGGAGAGAAGAUAUUUAACUGAUGCGCUGUGCAAUUGCUUUAUGGUAUUAAUCCAAUGGAUUCUUCAUUCUUGUGGGAUAUGUUCGUUGCCAAUGUGAUGCAUUCAAGUGUCUCUUUUGUACUACCAUUGACUAAAAGAUGAAAGAUGAAUAUACAGAAAA